GAAUGUUGAACUUACUCCAGAACCCUGGAUCAUGGCAUGGUGUAUAAGCUUUAUCCCAGCUCUGAUUGGUUUACAAUCUCUACCAAAAAACCGGUCUAACCUGUUAUACAUGUUUGCCUUUGGAAUCAUUGUUACUGGUGUUGGUCCCUUGAUGUAUGGUUCCACCUUCGUCAUUCUAGAAGUUCUUCAAAACAUGUCUGAAGGAAUAGUUCCAGCAACACAGGACUGGAGGGUCCUGCCAAUCAAGAUGGCUGUUGUUGCAUUCAUUAUCCAGCUUCAUGCGAUAACAGUGUAUUAUUCAUCUAAGCUUAUUGGUGCGUGGGGAUCAAAGGGAGAGAAGGGCUCAUAG